AUGUCCCGCCCGGAUGAGCAGAACUACACGUCGAGGCUGCCGAGCGAGCUGAGCCUUCACGUGCUGCGGCGCCUCGGCCCGUGGGACCUCGUCGCCGCCUGCCGCGCGUGUGCCGCGUGGGAUCACAUCGCGAGGAGCGAGGGGAUGUGGCGGCACGCGUGCGAUUACCGCUGGCCGGAGCGGUCUCGCGCGACGCCGCCGCUCCGCGAUGGCGACGGCGCGCCGCUCGAGAUGCCGCCCUGGCACCGCGCCGCGUGGCCGCACCGGCUGGCGGAGCUGAGCGAGCUGCCGCGGCAUGUCAAGCUGCUGCGACGACCGCGCGCGGCCGCUCCGCAGCCUGAUCCCGUUGCAGCCAGCUAG